AAUAAUGCCAUUUUAAGAAUCAUCUUGAGAAAACGCCGUAAACAUUAUUUUAUUGGUUUGUAUCGCAAUAAAAGCGACAAUCAGUUCUACACAGUUCAAAAUGGCAAGCCCAAUUUCACAUCAUGGCGUUGGGGACAACCUAGUCACGAAAGAUUUGGCAUAGAGGACUGCGUUAUUAUUUUUUUUCGCACGUGGUUGGACGUUGGAUGUGGGCGUCACUUUAACUUCAUCUGUCAACGUGAGAGACGUAAUUUAAACUAUAUCGGCGAAUGUCAGUCUUCUCCUUGUGGCAAAUAUCACAAAUGCAUAAAUAUACCAGGCUCAUACGAAUGCCUAUGCGCCGCUGGAUACAAACUAGACAAAUCCAAAAAGAAAUGUAUCGUAAGAUGUCCUUCUGAUUGGUGGCAUAUAGAAUCAUCUUGUUAUUUCUUAAGUGCAAAAGAAACAACAUGGAAUAAAGCAAGAAAACUUUGUCAAGAGAUGGGAGGAGAUCUUGCUGUUCCAAAAAAUGAAUUUGAGAAUUUUGCCAUUUUAAGAACCAUCUGGAGAAAACGCAGUAAACAUUAUUUUAUUGGUUUGUAUCGCAAUAAAAGCGACAAUCAGUUCUACACAGUUCAAAAUGGCAAGCCCAGUUUCACAUUAUGGCAUAGGGGAAAACCUAGUCACAAAAGAUUUGGCAUAGAGGACUGCGUUAUUAUUAAUUAUAUCAGGUGGUCUGACGCUGGAUGUGGGCGUCACUUUAACUUCAUCUGUCAACGUGAGAGACGUAAUUUAAACUAUAUCGGCGAAUGUCAGUCUUCUCCUUGUGGCAAAGAUCACUCAUGCAUAAAUAUCCCAGGCUCCUACGAAUGCCUAUGCUCCACUGGAUACAAACUUGACAAAUCCAAAAAGAAAUGUAUCGAUAUCGGCGAAUGUCAGUCUUCUCCUUGUGGCAAAGAUCACUCAUGCAUAAAUAUCCCAGGCUCCUACGAAUGCCUAUGCUCCACUGGAUACAAACUUGACAAAUCCAAAAAGAAAUGUAUCGAUAUCGGCGAAUGUCAGUCUUCUCCUUGUGGCAAAGAUCACUCAUGCAUAAAUAUCCCAGGCUCCUACGAAUGCCUAUGCUCCACUGGAUACAAACUUGACAAAUCCAAAAAGAAAUGUAUCGAUAUCGGCGAAUGUCAGUCUUCUCCUUGUGGCAAAGAUCACUCAUGCAUAAAUAUCCCAGGCUCCUACGAAUGCCUAUGCUCCACUGGAUACAAACUUGACAAAUCCAAAAAGAAAUGUAUCGAUAUCGGCGAAUGUCAGUCUUCUCCUUGUGGCAAAGAUCACUCAUGCAUAAAUAUCCCAGGCUCCUACGAAUGCCUAUGCUCCACUGGAUACAAACUUGACAAAUCCAAAAAGAAAUGUAUCGCAAGCUGUCCUUCUGAUUGGUUGCAUAUAGAAUCAUCUUGUUAUUUCUUCAGUGCAAAAGCAGCAACAUGGAAUAAAGCAAGAAAACUUUGUCAACAGAAGGGAGGAGAUCUUGCUGUUCCAAAAAACAAUGCUGAGACUAAUGCCAUUUUAAGAAUCAGCUUGAGAAAACGCCGUAAACAUUAUUUUAUUGGUUUGUAUCGCAAUAAAAGCGACAAUCAGUUCUACACAGUUCAAAAUGGCAAGCCCAAUUUCACAUCAUGGCGUUGGGGACAACCUAGUCACGAAAGAUUUGGCAUAGAGGACUGCGUUAUUAUUUUUUUUCGCACGUGGUUGGACGUUGGAUGUGGGCGUCACUUUAACUUCAUCUGUCAACGUGAGAGACGUAAUUUAAACUAUAUCGGCGAAUGUCAGUCUUCUCCUUGUGGCAAAGAUCACUCAUGCAUAAAUAUCCCAGGCUCCUACGAAUGCCUAUGCACCACUGGAUACAAACUUGACAAAUCCAAAAAGAAAUGUAUCGAUAUCGGCGAAUGUCAGUCUUCUCCUUGUGGCAAAGAUCACUCAUGCAUAAAUAUCCCAGGCUCCUACGAAUGCCUAUGCUCCACUGGAUACAAACUUGACAAAUCCAAAAAGAAAUGUAUCGAUACCGACGAAUGUCAGUCUUCUCCUUGUAGCAAAGAACACUCGUGCGUAAAUAUCCCAGGAUCAUACGAAAGCCUAUGCUCAAAUGGACACAUUUUUUUCAAAUCCAAAAAGAAAUGUUUCGGUAAGUUGGUCUUUCUAGAUCUUAUAUUAUAUGUUGCAAGCCUCCCCGGCUACAUAAAAAUUCUCUAG